AUGCCUGGUGGGUACAAAGGUGAAUAUGGGGACAACGUGGACCCGAUGCCCCUCCUGGCUCCUCCAGAAAAGGAGAGGAUGGAGGCCAGGAGCAAGCCUGAUGACAUCGAAAGCUCCUGCUGGGUCAAAGAGGAGGAGGAGGGCUUCCUUGCUGAGAUCCAGUCUGAGCAGGGCAACCAGGUCACCAUGAAGAUGGUCACCAACCAGACUGUCACUAAAAAGAAGGAUGAUGUCCAGCAGAUGAAUCCACCUAAAUUCUGCCAGACAAGUGACAUGGUGGACAUGACCUUCUUGAAUGAGGUCAGUGUCCUGAACAAUCUGUGCCAACGCUACACCAACAUGAGGAUCUAUGUGAACACCUGGGGCUGCGGACAGAAGGAUGGCUUCCUGCAGGUGCUGGUGGCCACACUCAGCAAGAGAUGUAAGGAAGUUUGGACUGUCACUAAAAAGAAGGAUGAUGUCCAGCAGAUGAAUCCACCUAAAUUCUGCCAGACAAGUGACAUGGUGGACAUGACCUUCUUGAAUGAGGUCAGUGUCCUGAACAAUCUGUGCCAACGCUACACCAACAUGAGGAUCUAUGUGAACACCUGGGGCUGCGGACAGAAUGAUGGCUUCCUGCAGGUGCUGGUGGCCACACUCAGCAAGAGAUACAAUCCCUAUAUGUCGCUGCCCAUCUACAGGGCCGGUAUGGUCAACGCGUACAAAGGCAGGAAGUGCACAGAGAUGCGGCCCCACCUCUUCUCCCUCUCGGACAACGCCUACCACGACAUGCUCAUGGAUUGUGAAUAUCAGUCUAUGCUAAUCACCAGAGAAUGUGGUGCUGGCAAGACUGAAAACACGAAGGUCAUCCAGUAUUUGGACAGCCUCGGAGGAACUGGCAAACAGUCCUCAGAUGGAACGGGGUCCCUAGAGGAUCGAAUCAUCCAGGCAAACCCUGUGCUGGAGGCCUUCAGGAGCAACAACGCCUCCUGCUCUGGCAGGUUCAUCCGAAUCCACUCCGGAACUACAGGCAGACAGGCUGGAGCUGACAUGGAGAGCUAUUUCUUAGAGAAAUCUCAUGUCAUCUCUCAGCAAACAGCUGAGAGGGGCUACCACAUUUUCUACCAGUACCAGUCUAACAAGAAGCCUGAACUUAUUGAGACUUUGCUGCUAGUCCCCCACCAGGAGUACCACUGAGUGAGCCAGGGCAUCACCAGGGUGGAAAACAUGGACUACGGGGAGGAGCGGCAGAUCACAGAUGUUGCCUUUGAUGUGCUAGGCUUCAGUGCUGAAGAGAAGAUGGGCAUUUAUAAGCUGACUGGGGGCAUCAUGCACUUUGACAACAUGAAGUUCAAGCAGAAGCCAAGAGAGGAGCAAGCUGAAGUGGACACCCCGGGGGUGACUGGCAAAGUCGCCCACCUCAUGGGUCUCAAUUCCAGGAAGCUCCAGAAGGGCAUCACCAGGCCCCGGGUCAAAGCAGGCAAUGCGUCUGGGCAGAAGGGCCAGAACACGGAACGACGCAGCAACGCCAUCGCCCUGGUCAAGGCCACCUAUGAAAAGAUGUUCAAGUGGCAGGUGGUCAGUAUCAAUAAGACCUUGGACAUCAAGAUGCAGAGGCAGUUCUUCAUCGGGGUGCUGGACAUCGCCGGCUUCGAGAUCUUUAAGGUGUCACAAUUCAACAGCUUUGAACAGCUGUGCAUCAACGUCACCAACAAGAAGCUGCAGCAGUUCUUCAACCACCGCAUGUUCGUGCUGGAGCAGGAGUCCAAGAGGGAGGGCCCUGAAUGGCCCAUGGGCAUCUUCUCCAUCUUGGAGGAAAAGUGUGUCUUCCCCAAGGCCACUGGCGCCGUAUUCAAGGCGGCCAUGUACGACAACCACCUGGGCAAGUCCAGCAACUCCCUCAAGCCCAAGGCGGGGAAGGGCCCGGGGCGGGCCCACUUCCAGCUCGUCCGCUGCGCAGGCACUGUGGGUUACAACAUCACAGGCUGGCUGGAGAAGAACAAAGACCCCCUGAAUGAGACAGUGGUGGGCUUGUUACAGAAAUCAAGCCUGGUGCUCCUGGGCCUUCUCUUCAAAGAAAAGGAUUCCUCAGCUGGAAGCAAGAAGAAGAAGAAAGGGUUCUUCAUGACCAUCUCCAGCUUCUGCAGCGAGCAGCUGAACACACUGAUGGCCACCCUCCACGGCACCUGCCCCCACUUUGCCCACUGCAUUGUCCCCAGUGAGUUCGAGCCACCAGGCACAACAUGGGGGCCUGUCUCCCUGCGUGGUGGAUGCAAUGGAGUCCUGGAAGGCAUCCGUAUUUGCAGGAAGGGCUUCCUGAACAGGAUGCAGUACCCAGAGUUCAAACAGAGGUGAUACCAAGUGCGGAACCCCAGUGUGAUUCCUCUGGGGCUCACAGACAACAAGGAAGCCUCAAAGCUGCUUCUGGGGUCCACUGACCUGGGUGAAUACAAAACUGGACACACCAAGGAGAUAAAGGAACUGCUUGAUCAGCUGGGUACAGGACAGAGCAUGCAUGAGAUGCAGAAAUUGAAGAAAAAAUUGGAGACUGAGAAGGGAGAGCUCCAGGUGGCUCUGGAAGAAACUGAGUCCCUGAAGGUUGAAGACAGCAAGGUGAUUCAAAUUCAGCUGGAACUGGCCCAGGUUAAAGCUGACAUUGACUGGAAAAUCCAUGAGAAAGAAGAGGAAUUUGAAGCUACGAGGUAUAACCACCAGUGGGCAAUCGAGUCUUUGCAAGCCAGCCUGGAGGUGGAGGCCAAGGGCCAGGCAGAGGCACUUCGGCUCAAGAAGAAGAUACAGACAGAUCUGAAUGAGAUGGAAAUCCCGCUGGACGAUGCUAACAAGAAAAACAGCAAACUUGUGAAGACACUGCAAAGGCUGCCACAGCAAAUGAAGGACCUGCAGGUCCAGAUGGAUGAGGAUGCCCGGCAGCACGAGGAGCUGAGGGAACGAUACAAUGUGCAGGAGCGGCACCUGAGCCUCCUACAGACGGAGCUGGAGGAGGGGCGCUCCAGCCUGGAGGGCAGCAAGCAUUCCUGCAGGCUGGAACAUGUGGUGGCGAUCACUGAGCAGCACAGCGAGGUCAACGUCCAAAACCAAAGCCUCCUCGUGGUCAAGUGCAAGCUGGAGUCCAAUGUCCGGUGCAUCUCCACUGAGCAUGAGUUGCUCAUCAGUGAGUUCGGCUCAGCUGACAAGAGGGCCAACACACCCCCACAUUGUUUUUCUUGUGAAACCUUCAUAAGAAUGUAUAUCAAUGAUACCUUAAAAAAAAAAGGAAUGAGUGGGCAAAACAACUUGCUGAAGGCCACACAGGGGCAGGUACCAGCCUGCAUCCCCUAUCCCAGAUCAUGCCUUCCCCACCCUCUGGGCUGUGCCCCUCAAGGCGCAGAGAGCAAUGAGUGUGGUUGGGCAGAACCAGCUGGGGAGCCCGCGGGACUGGCUGGCCUGCCUCCUCCACCUUUUCCUCGGAGCACCAGGCGUCCCCUCCCCCAAACCCCAGGAGCAUGUCAGCGAGGCUCGCCUCAUGAACCCCUUAGCUUCCCAGGAGACAAGGUGGCUGUCUCUCAAAGGCUCUAUGAGCCGGGAAGGGAACCCCGCUCCAGCUCCUGCUCUCCUCCCAGCCGCCCACCCUGCAGCUGCCGCACAGUGGAAGAACUGCAGCGAGAGCAGGACCACUGCAUGCACCUGCAGAGAAUCAAGAAGAAGAAUGAGAUCACCAUCAAAGACUUGCAGGCCGAGAUGGAGGAGGCUGAGCAGCUGAAAGGAGGGAAGCACAGGAUCGUGAAGCCGGAAGCCAAGCUGAGGGAACAGGAGACUGAGCUGGAUGGCAAGCAGGAAUGGCACGUGGAGAUGGACAAGACGCUGCGGAAGAACGAGUGCCACCUCAAAGACCUUGUCUUGACAGAGGGGGACCACAACACCAACCAGCGCCUGCAGGAGCUGGUGGAGAAGCUGCAGAACAAGCUGAAGGUGCACAGCAGCAGAUUGAAGAGUGCCCAGUUGCAGGUCAACCAGACCUUGGCUUGCUACAGGAAGACAGUGUGCGAGCUGGAUGACGCCAAGGAGCGGGCCAGCAUGGCCGAGACCACUCGCAACAAGCUGUUCACCAGACACCACAUGGCUGGCAAAGGCAUUAUCUCAGUGGAGAUCAUCCAGGUGUCCAAGACAGGCUCCUUCAAAACCAUUUCUGAGGAGGGCCUCUGUGUUCCUCCCCACAGCCAGGAGGUGGUAUGGCUCCACUCUCCACGCCCAAGUUCCAAGUUCACCUGCCCUGCUCCUGUUGUGCGCCUUCCCACUUCUCUGCUUCCCAGCUUCCAGUCUGCCAGGGCCUGAUCUCCUGCUUCAGGAACCCCAAAGCUUCCCUUGUCCCUCCAGCUGCAGCACUCCCUCUGGCUUCUCAAAGCUCUUGCGUGGUGCUGUCCACCUGAAUCACAGGUACUGGUGGUCAUGACACUCCCCCAGCUGAGCAGAAGCUCUGUGAAGGCAGGUCCCUCAUCUAAUGCCACCUGACACGAAACCCGGCAAAUAGGCACAAAGUACAUGUUUGUUUUCAGUGGAGGUCCACAGGGACAUCUGCAAGCUCACGGGCAGGGUAUAUUCACCUUCACACCCCUACAGAAUCAUUAGCCCUGAGCAUUUCAGUACCAUCUGAAUUUAGGUUUCUAACAUUAAGGAAAUAAUAAUCAUGGCUACCAUUUCUUGAGCACUGAAUACAAGUGGGAUUUUAGGUGGACAAUUUAUAAUAAUCCUUUCUUAUCUCAGAAUCAGUUUUCCUUAACUAGAAUCAACUGAGAAAACAAUACAGACCAAUGUAUAAAAGUCAAAAAGCUAGUUGUAUUAUGCUAUAAUUCUAGAUUGAGAAUUUAAUGGGUGUCCACCAUGGGCAUCCUUGUUCUUCACCCCAGAAUUAAAGGUGCCGACAAAGCUGAACAACCACAGCCCAGCUCCCUGGGGAGCAGCCUCUGUUCCAUGAGGAGGAAUGGCCAGAACCCACUGACCCUGCAGCUAGAUUCAAAGGAGACCAGAGGGGGUUCAACCCUGUUUUCCUGGUUCCUUCUUAAAUCUCAGGCUAAAUCAUUCUUCCCAUGACAGGAGCAAGGGAAAGGUGAGGAGAGAGGCAAAGAACAUGAUUUGAGAGCAGGGGUUCCCAGAACACGGUCCUCUGGACCAGCUGCAUCAGCUUGCCCAGGGGAGUUAGCAUUCUGAGCUUCACUCUGACCUGCUGCAUUAAAGCCUGGGGUGGACCCAGCAUCUAUGGUGAGCCAGCCCUCCAGGUAUUCAUAGCGAUGGUCAAGUCUGCGAACAAAUGCUGCAGCAGAAAUCCCUUGUGGAGAAACAGAGCCAGGGAAUGGAGGUUUCUCCUACUUUUACAAGAGCCAGGCAUGUGGUAAGUGUUUUUCACAGUCUUUUUUAUCCUAUGAGGUAGAUACAAACAUCUCCAUUUCUCAAGUAAGGAAAAUGAGCUCAGAGAAGUUCAGUGACUUGCCCAUGGUCAUACCAGCCCCCUGCCUUGCAAAGGCAAGCUUUUAUUAUUAUAUUAUAUAAUUUUUUAUUUCAACUACUGUUUAGCUUUAAUCAGGAUGACUCAAGAUCAAGGACCUGGCUCGGGUUGUGAGGAGCAGGGAGAUGGAGUCUCCCUGCUGAUGGGCUGAUGCUCUACCUCUGCGAAUUCGGGGAACCUUUUCUGGCUUCAUGUUCAGACAUCUGAUUGAACCAGCCCUCAGUUAGGGUAAAGUUCCCUGCUCAUUUACAGCUCUCUCUCUCUCUCUCUCUCUCUCUCUCUCUCUUUCAGGGCUGGGCAGUUUGGAUUGUAGCCAAAUGUGAUAACCCACUGACCUCUGAAUUCAAGCUGAGGCUUUUCUUGCCAGUUGGUUAGGGAGGAAACAAAAAAUAGAACAGAAUAUCUUUCCUUAAUUCUCUUACUCUCAAGUAAUGAUUAGCUUGGGAAUAUAGGGAAACCAGAGGCUUAUCUCUGGAUGAAGCACAUGACUGUGUAACUAUCUCCCUCAGGCCAAACACCUGAAAGGAGUCCCUCUCCUAAGCUCUCACCUUGGCAGGGGUUUACUCGUUGGCUGCUUCCCAUACCACCCAGAUGCAGGAGUUUUAGCUCCUUCCACCUGCUAAGUUUUAGUGGCCAGUAUUAGACACCCUGUAAAGCAGAUCCCCUGCCUUGGCUUGGUGACUUUAUUCCUGGGCUCUGCUGGCCCUGAUCGUUGGUCUGUCUCCUUCCACACCCCCAGGCCACAGCACUGCCCACAGUACCCACUGGUGAUGCGGCUGGGCCCCUGGGGUCUGCUCGCCAAGUCCCGAUCCAUCUUCACUCUUUGCCAUUUCCCCUCAUUGGCCACAGGGCUAGAUUAGCCAUGAGAUGUCUAAAGCAAACUAGUACACGAGUCAGCAUUGAGCCAACAUCCCACAGAAUUUUCCAAAGUGGCACUGUAUUCGGUCCCAUAAAUACUGACCAAGCUCUGAAUAUGGGAUAGACCUAUACUGUGGGCUACAGAGAUGAAUAAGAAAGAAUGUCCUCCAUCGUGGAGCUCAGAAUCAGGCAGAGAGGUAGAUGCACACUUCAAUCACAAGGCUGUGAGCAAAUGUUCUGUGACAUGUGGUGUUUACAUCUCACGGGAAGAGAUCACAGGGGAGGAGCCACUGGUUUUACCUGCGGUGGCUGAAUGCAGCAGCUCCACAGAGAAUGUGACCCGCACA